AUGGCCCACAACAACAACCAACAGUACACUUACAGCUGCCUGCCACAAGGCUACAGAUGUUCCCCUGGCCUUUUCAACAAGGCGCUGAAAAAUCACCUGCAACAGCUUGAGCUCCCAGAAGGAGUAGUGCUGAUCCAGUAUGUAGAUGACUUGCUGUUGGCCGCCACAUCGGCCACAAUCUGUCUAGAUGCCACCCAUGCUCUUCUCACCCUGCUGGCCGAGAAAGGCUACAAGGUAAAGAAGGAGAAAGUGCAGUGCACAAGACGAGAAGUGACGUUUCUGGGAAGACAGAUCUCAAAAGAAGGACUUGGAGUGUCCACUGCCCACAGACAGACUAUACUGCACCAUCCUAAGCCAAUGAUUGUUUCUCAAAUGUUGUCCUUCCUUGGACUCACAGGAUACAGCAGGACUCACAUACCAGACUACACGGGACUCACUGCCCCUCUCAGGGAUUUGCUGAGGGAAGCAGGAAACAGAAACCUCACAGCCCCACUAGUAUGGAACAUAGAGGCAGACACAGCAUUCUCAAACCUCAAACAGGCCAUGGCCCAGGCUGCUGCUCUGGCCACACCAGACUACACCAAGCCAUUUCAUCUUGAUGUUUCAGAGAUGGGUGGUGUUGUGAAUGCAGUAUUAUUCCAAAGGCGUUCAACAGACCGAUGUGUCCUCAUUUACCAUUCCUCCAAACUCGACACGGUCGAGACAGGACAAAGUUCGUGUGCCCGAUACGUUGCAGCUGUAGCGAAAGCCAUUGACAAAACCAGCCAUGUCGUCAUGGGACAUCCAACUCAGAUUCACACCCCGCAUGGAGUUGCAGCUUUCCUCCAGAGCAAAGAGUUCACCUUCAGUGCAGCCCGGAAGACUAAACUUCAGGUCCAGUGCACUCAGUCACACAUAACCUUUGUUCCAAGCAUCAACAACAUGGCCUCCAACAUUGCCAGUGGUACACCCCAUGUGUGUGGAGAACUUGCGAUCAAGGAAAACAAGCUCAGACCAGACCUGAGUGCAGAUCCCAUUCUGAAUGCUGAUGCCUGGCUGUACACGGACGGUUGCUGCUACAAAGGAGAAGAUGGCAAUGUGGCUGCCUAUGCUGUAGUGCAGCAACACCCAGAUGGAAGUCACACCACCUUGGAAGCUGGAAUCAUUCCCCAGCCAGCUUCAGCUCAGUUAGCUGAAGUCACAGCCCUCACAAGAGCCCUAGAGUUGGGGCAAGGGCAAAUUGUAAAUGUCUACACUGACUCUGCAUACGCACAUGGUGCCGUUCAGCUUGAUGGCCCGUCCUGGAUGAGACGAGGCUUCCUGACUACCGGUGAUCAACCGAUCAGACAUCAAGUUCCAAUGAGACGCCUCCUGAAUGCAGUUCUGUUGCCCAGAUGCCUGGCUGUCAUGAAGUGCAAAGGACACGACACCAACCAAACCAGAAUCAGUGCUGGAAAUAAUGCAGCUGACCAAGCUGCCAAGGAGGCAGGAGGUUACACGCCGCCUCAGAUGGUCAUGGCAUCCCCCAGCCCAGCUCAGUUCACGGAACUCACUGAAGACACGCUCAUCCAAAUUCAGGAAAAAGCUGGACCGUAUGAAUGGUCCACAUGGAGACAAAAGGGCGCCUUGAAGUCUAAAGAAGGCCUCUGGAGGUCCCAUGAUGGACGCAUAGUUGCCUCGGCAGAACUUUGUGCCAUGUUGCUCAAAGAAGCACAUGGCCUCACCCAUGAAGGAAAACUCAGAACCUUCCAGAGAAUUUCAGCCCUAUGGUGGCAUCCAAAUCUCGAGAGCAUCUCCAAUUUAUUUUGUGACGAAUGUUCCAUUUGUGGGAACCCCAAUCCUAGAAGACCUUUCCAAACGACCAUAGGUUCAUAUCCCGUUCCUGCCGCCUGUUUCCAAGACAUCAGUAUAGACUAUACAGACAUGGGUGCAGACGGGAGAGUGCAGGGAAUGAGAUACAUGUUGGUAAUGGUAUGUAGGUUUUCUAGAUGGGUUGAAGCCAUCCCCCCCAGACGGGAGGAUGCAAAGUCAGUGAUCAAGUGGCUGCAGAAGGACUUGAUUCCCCGUUACGGGGUUCCACGGUUCAUCCGCUCAGACAAUGGCGCACACUUUAAAAACACACACCUAAGAGAGGUAGAGGCUGCCUUGGGCAUUCACCACAAGUUUGGCUCAGUGUAUCAUCCACAGUCACAAGGCCUUGUAGAAAGAGCCAAUCAAACGUUGAAAGCCAAAAUUGCGAAGGUUUGUGCAGACACUAAAAUGACAUGGGUUGAAGCCCUGCCAUUGGUGUUGAUGACAAUGAGGUCGUCCCCAGGCGGUAAGACACACCUGUCGCCACAUGAACUGUUGACAGGCAGAGUUAUGCCUGGUCCACCCAGGGAUGGAGGUCACGUGCCACCCCUGGAUGAACAUUGAAAUGUCAAGUUAUAUGAAGGUUUUAACUGCUGUUACUGUAGCUCUCUCCAAUCAGGUCUCCAGGGCCCUGGCGACUGAUCCGGAGGAAGCUGCAGGACCAAAGGUAAAAGUCGGUGACUGGGUAAGAGUUAAGGUUCACAAAAGAAAGUGGCCAGAACCCAGGUGGACUGGACCGUACGAGGUGAAGGAAAUUACUUCACACUCGGCCCAGGUCAAAGGUAAAUCAGGCGCUCCUUGGCACCACCUGACACAUUGUACCCCAGCACCUUCAACUUCCUGCCCAUUGGCUGAAAUAAGAACUAAUUUGAAAAAUGGAGAGGGUAUAAGUUGUGCCUGUGUUACUCCUGGACUGCCAUGGAGUCCUGUGCGUCUUCUGGUCGUAAAAAUUACUCCCAAUAUUAAGACGUGCACAGCACAGGAUGAAAAGGGGGAGGGCCAGAAGCCUUACAGCUUACCACUGGCGUUAAACAUCACAAAGAGACGUGGUUGUAUGAUUGUAUGUCUGUUUGUUUUUAUUUGCUUCAUUCAGAAGUAAAGAAUUCCCAAAGAAAUUGUUAAAAUUACACUGUUUGGUAGCAAUUUGUUGUUUCAGAUUUUUCAAAUAUAUCCAAUCCAUUAGAGGAAAGGAGAAACGGUUUAGGCCUCCAAAUUUCUACAUAAAAUCAGAUCAUUUAAUAUCUUAUUUUAUUUUAAACCUGACACAGCAGGGCUAAUAGUAAAGACCAUUUUAAUACUCCACAAGUUACUAAUUGAUUCGUAAUAUAAAUUCAAGGAUGAGUGAUUCACUACAUCACAUUAAGGUGUCCUUUUAAAGCCCAUCUCUAAGUACAGUUUAUGUGCAAAGUUUUUCCUUCUCUUUCUCUGUUUGUAUUAUAUUUAAGUCACUUACACCCAUACAAAAGUCUCAUCCGCGACUGUGGCCUUGUGAGAAUGAGAUAACAAUGUUUUUUGUUUUUAGUCUGGUGAAGUUGCUGCUCCGAUGAAAUGAGCCCAGUGAAAGUUCAAUAACAGCUGAUCUGUUCUGCAAUGCUCAGGUUUGAUGAGAAGGGAAAUCAAGCUCUUCUCUUUGGUUGUUGAAAAGCUGUUUUAUUGACUUUUAUUAAUUUUGUUUUGUUGGCUGUGAUUCUUUUAAUCACAGCUAUGUUUUGGCAUUAAGCGCUCCAGUUCCCCAAGCAAGCACACAGAACUUGGGGCACACUAUAACUGAUACAGCCUGAAGUGCUAGCAACCUCUCAGAGCUACACCACACCCCCUCUCAAACACUGAUAAAGAUCCUCUCGGCGGGACCUGCGAACCGACACCGGAGUUUUAUUUUUCCUUAUGUUUUCUAUUUUCCUAUUCAUUUUUGAGUAUUUAACAGAGUCCACAGUGUCAGAGGUUGAUUUUGCGUUUUGUGUUACAUUUUCUCUCUAAAUCCACAGUAUC